AACACACACAUACACCCAAUUAGAGAUAGAAAUAAGAACAUAACAAAUGGACUUUAGGAAUUGCCACCCUCCCCACAGCAAUGAGCUACUCACUCACAAGGCUGCUAGAGAAGCAACAGAUGAGUUGGCUACCCUCCUAAAAGACCAACAGCCAAUUACUAUCAGUGAAGUCAUCAGAGCUGGCUCUCUGGGACAAGGAACUGCAGUUCCUGGAGACUUUGAUCUGGACAUGGUCAUCUACUCAAGAGACCUAGAUCCACACAAAGUUCUUGAGCAAGGCUAUGGCCACUGGCUAGAGAAACUUGAGAAAUUCUUGAAAAAAAACAGCGAUGUGCAAUUUAAGAAUAGGACACCUCACUCUGUCCAGUUUCGGUACAAGGACCUCAUUGACGUGGACAUGCUGGUGACCCCUUGGUGGGACAGCGUCUCCCAGCUGAGCCUGUUCUUGGACAAGAUCCCGGUUCAAAAGCGCUACUCGUUCUCAAUAGGAGCCUCCAAAUGGCAGGUGCAGUUUAUGCAGAAGCAAGACAAUGAGGUCAAAGUGCUUAUUCAGCGUGCUAAGGCAUGGAGGAACAAACAAUGGCCAAACGUUUACCCAGGACAGAAGAAGCCAAAGUCUUACUUUCUUUCUUUGCUCGUUUUAAAAGCUUAUCAGCGUGCAAAGGAGAAAUUUGGAAAUCUAAUCUUUCGUGAUAUGGCUGAAAGGACCUCAUAUGAGCUUAAAGACCUCGUUCUUAGGGAAGAUAAACAAGAUAUUCAUUGGGACGACUACUACAUUGUGGGAGCAACUGAUAACAUAAUCCUACAUGACACCCCAAAAACCCCUCGCCUCCUGGACCCAGCCAACCCUACCAACAACCUGUUUGACACCGGGUUUACCACUACACGUACCGGUGACAGGUCACAUGAUGAUGGGGAGGGGAACUGGUCUGAGAUAAAGAGGAAGAUUGAGACCAUCGACCUUACUGUGGACAUAUAGAGUGUAAUCAUUAUAACUCUUUAGCUAUAUAAAUGAUAAAUCCAGAAAACCACUAUAUUAACUGUGACAUCAGGUAUAUAUACAUGAGUUGUUUACGUCAGUUUGGAA